GUGGGUGGAACGGAGGGCUUCUCGUAUCGCGGCCUGGCCCUGAGCCUCCUGGCCGCCUUUUCGGUGGAUGAAACACUCGCGAGCGACCCGCACUUCAUCGCCACCGUGCCAUCACUCAUCUCUCUCGUGCAUCCUCGAUCGCGCAGUGAGCAGGAGGUAGUGCGAGACGCGCUACAAUGCCUGAUCGCUGUCUCCAACACGCCCGACGGAGCCAAGAAGGCGAUCGACAGCGAUGGCCUCGCCGCCGUUCUGCUGGGCGUCACCGAAGACGAGCCGCCAGAGCUGCUCAAAGCCCGGCUCCACCUCUCCGACAAGUUGGUCCGGUUCAUGAGCGCUGCCCACGAAGCCUCGGGCCUCCCCGAGGCGUCCGCCACCGCGAUGCUCGAGCACCUCGCCACGCUCUUCCGCCGCAACCAGCGCGCACUCAAGUUCAUCGUGUUGGAGCGGCUGCCGGCACUCUUGGCGCUGAGCUUCGACGACCAGCGGCAGAGCGAUGUGCGCGCGCGGAACGAGGUGGCGCAGCAGCACGGCGGGUGGAUCGAGGACAUCCGCGUGGGCCUCUUCUACGUGCUGGCGAGCAAGAUCGGCCGCUUGCAGAAGGAGCACGCGCUCACCCUGUGCGCCUACAUGCUGCGCUACUUUGGCGAGUCCUGGGCGGUGGGUGCCGUGCCUCCCAUCGACAUCGGUACAGUCUGCAGUCGUGCCAGUUUUUCUCCGACUACGGCUGCUAACCACACACACACCACCACCAUCACCACCACCACCAGGUGCCACAGGGAAGACGACUGGCGGCGAACAGAAUGA